GCAGCCCUGGCCCCGCCCCGCAGCGACGCGCACCUCCGCGCACCGCCAGGCUUCGGCGCCAUGGAGGUCAAGCUGGAGACGCAGAGCGGCGGUGGCCCGCAGAAGUGUGCGGGCUGCGGCAAGGCCAUCACGGACAGGUACAUGCUCAAGGCGAUGGACCUGCUGUGGCACGAGGACUGCCUCAAGUGCGGAUGCUGUGACUGCCGGCUGGGCGAGGUGGGCUCCACCCUCUACACCAAGGCCAACCUCCUGCUGUGCCGGCGGGAUUACCUCAGGCUGUUUGGCAGCACGGGGUACUGCGCGGCGUGCUCCAAGGUGAUCCCGGCCUUCGAGAUGGUGAUGCGGGCCCGGCACAACGUGUACCACCUGGAGUGCUUCGCUUGCCAGCAGUGCGGACACAGGUUUUGCGUCGGCGAUAGGUUCUACCUCUGCGAGAACAAGAUCCUCUGCGAAUACGACUACGAGGAGCGGAUGGUGUUCGCCAACAUGCAGCCCUCCGCCGUCAAGCAGGUCAACGGCCACCACCUCAACAACAACAACAACAACAGCAUAGCCAACAACAACACGUCCAGCGCCAACAACAACGAUGCCAGCCACACUACCACCACUACUACCACCACGGCCACGGUGCAGUGCAACGUGACCGUGAACCAGGACGGCGCCACGCCGCCCCUGCACGUGCAGGUGCAGGUGCCCUCCGGCUACCACAACCUGCUGGAGCCCGUGGGCGGCCGCUCCAAGUAG